GCUCCAUUUUUCAAUUUUCAAAUAACGGAUCCGGUUUGCGAUUGAUCAGCGUUUGUGUUUAAAAAUUUGAAAUCAAAAUUUUUCAAAAAUGUCCAAGAACGUUCCUAUUCUUGAAAAGCUUAUGCGAAGUGCCAGUUUGGCUUCCACAUCUCGAUUAAUAAGCGAACAAGAAUAUAAGCAACUCAUAUCUGUUCCCUUCGAAGAUUUUUUAAAUGCGAAUUACACUACAGAGCAGUUGAAUCGGCUUUGUUUGGCCGAAAAACUUCAGCUUCAGUUACACUACGAAGAUCUUGAAAAGAAAUCCAAACGUAUCGUCAAACGAAUACGUGUCAAACCUAUUCCUAAGCUUGAUAAGCCCCGGGCUCGCUUCGUACCUGCACCACCCGAGAAAACAACCGAACCGAUCGUGGAACCGCAAGUGAUCGACAUUGAACCUGUUUCGACCGUCCGACAAAUUGAUGAAUCGCUGGCACAAGAAUCUGUAAACGAACAAAUAAGUCCCCCAGAAGAGGCUGGCACAUCCCGAAAUAUCGUAGCACCAAACGAGCCCAUUAAUUCGGUUGAUUUGUCGGACUGUUUGCUACCGCGGGAAAUGCUGAUACCGGAAAUUACUGUAGAAUCUUCGAUCACCGGGGAACAGGAAUUAGAUUUGGGACCCCCCGGCGAUGCUUCAGCAUUUUUUGGUUCAAACGAGCCGUUGUCUAUAGAGCGACCGGAAGUACGCAGAAGAAUUAUCAAAGAAUUUCCCAGCAUUCGACAGUUUGAUCGACAGGGACGGUUCGAAGAUUUGAAUCUGGAUUCGGAGAGUGGUCCUCAGACAUCGGAUUCGGGUGGCCAUUUUGUACCACCUUUGCCCCCAGUUGCGGGAACCAGAGGUUUCAGUUCUAGCACACCUUUGGCGGUUCCUCCCGGAACUUUCGUUACCAUUCGUAGACCGUUUUUGAAUCCCAGUGCACUUGAUGGAACGGAUUUGAGUGCCAUCAGAAAUCCACCAUCAGUGGAGAAACAGGUCCCUGAAUUGAUGGAUCAGGACACUCAGGUUUCAACAACGCAAGUAGAACAGGAAGUUGAUAUUUCGACUAUACAAAACAUGGAUGUUUCACAGGAUCCUGCAUCAACUGCAGUGAUCGAUGCCUGCAUCGAAGAACAAGUUGUAACUGAAAAUACAGUACCACAAGUCUCCAUUGUGGAGGAACCUAGAAGAUCAGUACGAAUAGCACCAGCAGAAAGUACUUCGUCUUCCGAAUCCAGCAUCGACAGAAGGCCUCGACGAGUCCCGAAGAAUAUCCGUAAAGUUCCGGUUUAUGGAAACUCGAGAACUUUCCUAAAUCUGCAGCAUAGAAAAAACUUUGAUAUGUUUGAUGAUGAUUUUGAGGUGUUUGAAACCUUCGGUGAACUCAUUGGAUCGAUGUACAGCAACCGCAUUGCUGUGCAGCAGCCAAAAGCGCCGGACCUCGAGAUAAGGAAUGUCGAAGAACAAUCUCUCGUAGUCCCUGAUUUGGAGCAACAACCUGUUCUUCGAGACCAAAGUAAUGUCGUCCACGAUAUGAACUCUCUGAGAGAUGUCAAUUUGUCGGUUUUCAACAGAUCGAAACUGUAUCCUAUUAGAGAAAAUCAAAAAGAAGAUAAUUCGGUGUUACCUAAUCAAAUGACCGAAAAAGACAUCCCAGUAGAGAGGUUGUCUAUAUUACCAUUGGAAGAUUUGCUACCACCAGAAAUUCCCUUGAGGCAAACUUCUGGAGAAGCCCAGAGAUCGGACACAGGAUUGGGACAAAAUACCUUGACUUUUGGAGAUAAUUCCUCUCUACAGACAAUAAGUUUGCAACCGUUGACUCUCGCCUCCUCAGCUGAUAAAUCUCUUGAGUCAAAUGUCGUUGAGGUUUCAACCCGACAAAUCGUUCAAGAGCCUAAUAACACAGCUGGUUUGAAGACAUCUGCUCCGACAGUUGAACAACCAUAUUUUCGAACCCCAGAAUUCAUCCCACCAGUGGAACCUUCUUUCACUCAACAUGUGGCCGCACACAAAGAGCUGUUCGAUCUCUAUUGCUCAAUACAUCAUCGAGUGUCCUGUACCAAAAAGAACACCCUACUCAUACCGGAGCUGCUGGUGCUGAUCGAUGUCCGGAACAGUCGGCUUGCCACCUGUCGGACCAUUAUGCAACUAAUCAAACUGCGGACCAUGGGUUACAUCGAAACCGGGCUGGACGAGCAGCUGAAGAUCCGCAGUGUGUCGCUUCGAGGAAGGAUGUGAAUUGCAAUGUUUUUUUUAAACUGUUAACAUUUUCUGAAAAGAUUUAUUACUAAUUUAUUGUUCAUAUUUUAAAAACCAGUAAUUGUAACAUUGUUAAAAUUGACAUUUAAAAUGUAAUUAUA